GGAGAUGUAAUUUACCAAACCAUCGCAAUGGAUUCGGAUGAAAAAGUCGAGAUGGAACAAUCAUGGGAGCAACAGAAAAUCAUAAAACUAAACUGGUUUCUUGAACAAGAAGACAAAUCAAGCAACCUGUUAGUCGCACUUCUUGAACAACCAGUAAAGCAAAUCCGGGUGAAAAGGGAUGAGCCAGGUGGAUGCGGUGAUGACCCAGAGACCAUACUACAUCGUGUUCAGUUAACAUUAAAACAAGACUAUACAGCGGCCCUUGGCAAUGCAAGUUCUCAAGAGUUUAGAAACUUGAAGACAAGGAUUGAAAACGCGCUCUGGAAGCGUUAUCGCAGAUAUGGAGGUGUUAUUUAAAAAAGGAGAUGAAACCGGAAUAAUGGAGCUGCUAGCUGCUGUACGAAAUAACUCAUUUGGUGAUUUUGAUGUUGAUCCUAACGCUCUUCAAGUUGUUAUAACAGGUGCAUGUCCACCAAAUGGUCCUGACAUCUGCCCAGGAAAUUCAACAUGUGAAACGCUGACUGAGAGUACAAUAAAAUGCCCUUGCAUUAAAGAUUUUUACUUUGACGGUGUUACAUGCAUAAAAAACGUCGUUGUAAAAGUUGAAAUAAUCUUAGAAAGGGAGUUUACCCCAGCGUUGAAGAACGAAAGCUCAGAAGAAUAUAUAGAGUUGAAAAAGAAUAUUACGAAUAAGCUAACGGAGACUUUUAAAGAUACCCCAAACUUUGAACGCGCGGAAGUCACGGGAUUCAGGAACGGAUCUCUCGUAGUAGAAUUUAGGCUUAUUUACCGGAGAGAUCCAGAUACUAAUAAGAAAGUUGUGGUUGGCGAAACAUUGAAAAAGAAAAUUCUUGAUGAAGGGAAACUUGGAGAGUACAGAAUUAUUAAAGACAAAAUAUUAUACAAGGUCACCGAGGACAGAAUUGACAUUCGUUGGGAAAAACCUGCAGCGAACGACUUUUUCAAAAUAUUUGGUUACAUAGUAAGCCACAAAGAAAAGUCUCAAUUAAAAUACAAGACGCAGAAUAUGUCAUCAGAUGCAUCUAAUGUUGUAUUACGUGAAUUGAAAAGUGAUACAUUUUACGACAUCACAGUCCAUGGAUAUAAUAAAGAGGGCAGUGGAGACAAAAUAGAAAUUUCAGUAAAGACAAAAGAAGAGGAUUCGUGUAAGUGUCGUUGCCUAUGUAUAGUAUUGCCGAGUUAUUUUCAAACCCAAAACUCUCUGGGCAAGGGAUUGUAG